AUGAGCAAGUGGGCUGAGGGGAACAUGCAAAUGUUAACUCUUGCAGACCAUUUCUACAACAUCAAUGACACGGCUGCCCCCCUUUCGACCGGGUCCUUCCAAACGGAUAGGAUGAUUGUCGUGCCUUGCAGUAUGGAGACAUUAGCUGCUAUACAUAGCGGCUUUUGUGAGCUUUACUUAGGAUAUUCCUAUGCCUAG